UUUUUGCGGUUUUCUUUGUAGUUCCAGGUAGCGUCGAAGUGCCCCCUACGAAGAUGUGAUUUUCCUCGACGACUGAGGAGUCAAGCGGAUAAAUCGAGUGAAAUAAAAAUUUCGGUGGGGGCACCACCGAUAUUUUUUGACACAGCUACUUUUUGUUUUUGUGUCGGCAACUGAGUCCUUGUGAUCCGUGUGUGAGAAAGAACAAAGACAGUGAAAAGGAGGAAGUAUAUAUAUAUAUAAGGGCUGCAAAUCAAUAGGUCAGCAAACCAAAAUAGUACGGAUGAUGAUGGAAGCGACUCUCGUUUUGCUCAACAGCGUGUGAAGAGGCUCAAACUGGGACCCGUCAGGGACAAGGAGGGUGUAGUUGGCAGCAGCUAAUGGAGACGAGCAGUCGGCGGUGCCGAUGAACGGUGACGGGUAUUCCGCGGCGACUCUGGACGGCCGAGGGCGGCGCUAUGUGCACCAGCACCGCGAGAGCCACUCCGGACUGGCGCCGCAGACAGGCACCAGCGGCCAGGUCCCGUGGGAGUACGCGUCGCACCACUCGCAGCAUGGGCACCACCACCACCAGCACCACUCGGGCGGGCGCCAUUCCGUGCCUGCGCCGGAACCGACUUCCGACGUCACUUCUUCCUACGUCCGCACUCUGCCCCACGCUCACCAUCACAGGUCCCAAGGCCAGUUGGCGUCCGAAGCAUACCACGUGCAGCACACACCAUCGCGGCUCCAGCGCCUCGACGGCGGCCUCUCGCUCCACCAGUCCGCCACUGGUCCGUACGGCGGCGUCACUCCCAGCUACGCCGACCCCUACGGCGCCCGCCUCUCCCAGUCCUCCUCUUCCUCGUCGCAAAACAAGCAGCACGGCGGCCAGAUGACGCGUUCCUCGACCGCCGCCGACCCGUACCAAUGGUACAAGUCCGGCACGCUCGGACGCAACUCCUCGCGCCCGACACUCCGCGACAUCCCGAUCGACACGUCCGCCUUCGUUUCCCAGGAUGCCCACCCAACAGCAGUCGUGUAUCCGUACAGAGGCCAGGGAGCGACGCAUCAACAGGCAGCGUUGGCGGCGGCGGCGGCGGCUGCAGCUAGGUACCGCAGCGGCGCCGCUGCGGGGUAUCCGAUGGGGUAUUUUGCUGCCGAGGCGCCGACGCAGGCGCAUAUUGCCACGACGCCGAGGCGGGUGUCGAGUGACGUGUAUCCUCGGUCGCCGAGACACCUGGGGGGUCGAGGCAAUGAGCAGGGGCUGUUGAGUGUGGCGGUGCCCGGGACGAGGGCGGAGCAGGCGGCGCUGUCGCAGUCGCUGCUGAGGUCGGUGUCGAGUGACAAGGGACCCCUGUCGGUGCAUGAUAUUGCCGCCGUGGCGGCGCAGGGAGAAAAGCAGAAGAUCGCUGUCGUGAAGCCGAUCAAGCAGCAGGCGUCGAACAAUUCCCACGGAGGCAGUGGAUCUGAUGGACGAAGGAACAUCGAUUUCCACCACGGCCUGGGCGUGGGGUCAGGCGGGACUCCGCACAGAACAGCUGCUUCUGCCCCGGCCCAGACGCAAACGUCACCGUGGCACCAGGUGGCACCACAGCCCAGCCUGGCCUCCUUGGGCCGCGAGCUGCUCACGACCACUGCCGGGCACCACGGACCCAUCACUUCGCCGCGAGUCAUGAUCAGCCAAUGA